AUGUCUGAGAACAUCUUCAAAUUGUAACAACUCAAUUCACUUUUCAAAUCUAAAAAAGAAACUAAAGUAGAUGAAAACAAAAAAAUUCCAUCUGAAUCCCUUAUUCAAUAUUCUAAUUAAUAAGAAGCCACAUUAUAACAAAUUAAAAAAAAACAAUCAUUGCCUGUACCUACCUUAGAAUCUAAACCUACAAUUGAUGUAACUCCAUUAAUUUUAUUAUAGGAACUAUUAAACUCCUUAAUUAAACCAAGAGAUUGGGAAAUUGAUGGAAGACGAUUCAUGUAAACAGUUUCAAUUGUCCCUCCAUCAAGAGAUGACAUUACCAAUCUACAAAAACUUCUAGAUGAACGACUUGUUUCUAGAUAAGCUCGAGAGUAUCCUCUCUGUCCAAUAAGAGAAGAAUUAUUUGGUUAAUGUUUUGAUGAAAUUAUCAGAUAAGUUACUAUAGAUUGUUAAGAAAGAGGUAUUUACUUAAUAUAUUCUUAAAGGUGUCAUUUUAGCAAGAGUUCGAGAUGAUCUAAAUAAGACUAUAGUAGCUUAUAAAACUUUGUAUGAAGGAUCUAUGCCUUUUAGUCUUCAAAAAUAAUUGAAUGCUGAGGAUGGACUUAAUAAAUUAGAUUAAUAAAUUACAAAAUUAAAUGAAACAAAAUAAUAAUUAGAAUUAAGAGUAAUUUAUUAUUGUUAUCUUAUUAGAAACUAUUUUUGACUAAUAAAAAAGAGGCUCUUGAAAGAUCAAUCAAAGAAAAAAAGGAUGCUAAUGAAUAAAGAAGAAAAGCAGAGAUAGAAUUUUUGAAAUAUUAAAAUUCUCAUUUAGAAUCAUAUUAAAAAUAAGUAAAUCCAAACAAGAAUUAAUGA